CUGAUUAGGAAAUCAAUUUCUUGGCCUUUUGCAUAGUACAAAGUAUAGUAACCAGAAUUAAAGAGAAACAACAAAACAGUCAAUACCCCCAAUUCCUUCUCUCGCUUCUCAUAACAGCAUAGACAUCAUGGCCCUCCACAUAAGUGGCAGGCGCAACUUUCCCAGAGAUCAGUUUACCGCCAUACCUUCCAGACGUCGCUUCACCAAUAUUCGACCUUAGAGGACAUCCCCCUCUUGCUCUUCCAAUAACCUUCAAAUUACAUUGAUUAUACCCCUUGCUCUUAUAUAAUAUCUGGUAUAAUACUCGUCCAAAUGUAUUCUCAAAAGCGUCUCGUCGCACUCUACGUUCUUUUAGGUGCGACCCUCAUCAAGCCUACGGAAUGCCUCUCCUCGAAUUCACAAAGGCUAUCGAAUGGUUUGAUCGGACUCAAAUGCCACCCUCCUCACGCAAACCAUCUCGACGGCGCUGCAAGAGCGGGUAUCCAAACGAUCGAUCGACCUGAAUGUGCGAUUGCCUUAAGCUGUCUACCAGAAGGAACAUAUGGGCCAGCAAUGCUUGAUAACGAGCCGAUACUGCCUCUGAAUGUUACGAUAACAUUCUCCGAAGAUGUAAAUAUGGAUACAUGGCGUUGCAAGAAGGAGCUAGUGGAGCUUCUCUUCGAGGCACGAGAAGACAAACAGGAAGUUGGGAUAUCAGUCACCCAACGACAAGUCGACCCGAGACGGCCAAGCCUCCUCCAUUCCCGACAAGAAGAAGAAACUCCUAGGACAAAAUCUGAAGGUCAGAGGUAUCAAGGAAUAGUCGAGUACCUUAUGUCAACAGUCCAGCGCCGGGCCGUUCAAGCGGUAGGCUCAGUCAAGGAACGCAAGACAAAUUAUCAAGAUGAAGUUGCGUCGCAUUCCGCACGAAACAGCACGUCGAGCUUCUCGAUGGACCUUAAGCAGGUUAUACUCAAAAAACAUCCGUUCAGCAACUACGUGACCCAGUGUGAGGAGAACUUCUGCAACGUGUAUGAUUUGCAGAGGAUGUGUGAUCCUAAUAGCCGGAUUCGACGCAAAGCAAAAUAUAAGAGUACCUGCGACUAUUGCUAUCCUCAAAGGAACAACGCCUUUAUUAAGCACCAUUGCGAAAGAAGGAUAGAGAAGGAGAUGCGGGCUUUCUAUGGGAUUUGUGCACUGCUUGCAGUUUCUAUCGUGGUUGCUGUUAUCUUAUACGUGCUGCACCGUACGGGAAGACUGCUGAGAAUAAAUUGUCGGCUUAUUCGGGGCAUGCGCAGAAGCAAAUUUUCAAGUAACCCUGUCACGAGCAACAAGUUCUCGUCAGCCGUUUUCUCUGAUAGCCGCAUUGGCUCGACAAGAAGAUCAGAAGAUACCACGAUAAGCAACCAGGACUACGACGACUCAACGACAUUCAGCGAGUUCCAACGCAAGUUCAGCCAGCUCGGGACUUCCUCCAGGGGAUAUCGCAAGCGGAUUCAAGAUGUCUUUGAUAUCGAGUCGCUAGAGCCUAGGAAUGCCAAUAAUGAGGAUUUAAAGGAUAGGGUUUUUGUGCUUCCUCGGGCACCACAUGCAACUGUACAAAGAGAAUUUGCGGGUAAUUUGAGUCGGGUACGGGGGGGGGCACGCCAUUCCGGGCAGCCAGAGAUGGAGGAAGUUCAGUCGGAUGCUGUCCGUAGAGUGUUUCCGCAUGACCAGAGUGUUUUUUAGAGGUUAUAUUGGAUAUUUGGAGAUAGCAUGGCUGCAAGAAAUCUGUAUGACCGUUGCAGUUUGUCGUGUCUUUAGGAUAGCUUCGAGGU